UGCCUGGCUGUCAAACUCUCUUGUUCUUGCACAUGUAAGGAACUUGUUUAGGUAUGCCUCUUUAUCACCAAAGAGGACCCGUGGUUAUUGGGGUAAUUAAGGAUGAUAUACAAGAGGCUGCAGGACCUCUUCAGUCAUGUGCUGGGCUAGAGUCAGGCAUUGAGGCAUCCAUCAGAGCAGUUAAGAGGACAUGGGAAGAUCCUAAGACAGAGGCAGUGCUUCUUGUUGAUGCUGAUAAUGCGUUUAACAGGCUUAAUCGCAAAGCAGCUAUUCACAACAUCAGGCAGCUAUGUCCUCCGUUUCACCAAUACCUGAAAAACACCUAUCAGAAAUCAGCCAAACUCAUUGUCAACGACACAUAUUCGUGUGAGAUAAUUUACUCUGAUGAAGGGGCAACGCAAGGGGAUGUGGCAGCAAUGGCAGAGUAUGCUAUCGGUAUUCGUCCUCUUAUCAACAUCCUGGCCAGCGUGACAAAAUUAGGAGAAUUGAUGCAAGCGUGGUAUGCAGAUGACUCUGCAGCAGCAGGUACCCUGAAGAAACUCCGGCUGUGGUGGGAUUUACUCAGUGUGAACGGUCCUAAGUUAGGCUACUUCCCUAAAGCAGUGAAGACUAUUCUUAUCCUAAAAGAAAAAUCGCUACUACCAGCAGCCACGUUUUUAUUCAGAGAGACUGGUAUAGAGAUCACAUGUGAUGGGGAGCGUCAUCUGGGAGCAGUGAUAGGUGGAGAGGAGGCUAGAGAGACAUAUGUAAAAAAGAAAGUAGAGAAAUGGGUGAAGGAUGUAGAAGAGUUGUCAGAUAUUGCCCUCGAUGAACCUCAGGCAGCCCUAUCAGGGUAUACCAAAGCCCUAUGUCAUCGGUGGACCUUUGUGAUGCGUACCAUCCAAGACACUAAAGACCUCUUCAUCCCAUUGGAGAAGUGUAUAAGAGAAAAGUUCAUCCCUGCAAUUAUUGGUAGGAAUGUGUCUGAUCUGCACAGGAGAAUGUUUGCGCUACCUGUAAGAUUAGGGGGGCUUGGUAUUGUUAAUCCAGUAGAGAUCGCGGAGAAGGAAUACCAGACGUCACUCAAGAUAACAGAGGAGCUGGUUGACCUUAUCUAUCACCAGGAGACAUCCCUGAUGAAGUUGGAUAAAAUUAAGAUAAAGGGCAGAGUAGAUUGCCUCAAGUUAGUUAAAGAAUUACGCUUGAAGAAGGAGCUUGCUGAGAUAAUGAGUGAAGUGGAUGAGAAUACCAGGGAGUCAUUGCAGCUGGUACAAGAGCAUGGGUCAGGAGCUUGGCUAACAUGUCUUCCCAUUCAACAGCUAGGGUAUGCUUACAGCAAGCAAGACUUCAGAGAUGCUGUUCAUCUCCGGUAUGGUUGGGACAUCCCUAACACCCCAAGAUUCUGCGAUUGUGGAGCCAAGAAUGAUCACAAUCAUAUCCUCAACUGUAAGAGAGGGGGGUAUGUGAACUACCGUCAUAACAACGUGAGAGACUCCGUUGCUGAAUACCUUAGGCUGGUGACCAAGGAUGUGAGGAUUGAGCCCCUUUUAACACCUAUAGAAUCGGCCAACUUCCAACAAAAGGGCAACAAUGCUGAUAAGGCUAGGCUUGAUAUAUCAGCAAGAGGAGUGUGGAGCACAUUUGAGAGGACUUUCUUUGAUGUGCGCAUUUUCAAUCCUAAAUCGCCUACAUAUCAAGGAAAGACCAUGCCACAGCUCUACACUCUGCACAGGAAUGAGAAAAAGAACCAGUACAUGAACCGAGUGCUACAAUUGGAGAAAGGGUCAUUCGUCCCCCUUGUAUUUACCACUACAGGAGGAAUGGCACCGGAGGCCAAGCGUUUCAUAAGGAGACUUGCUGUGUUGAUAGCCACCAAGACAAAGGAGGACUACAGCCAGGUGAUGUGUAACAUCAGGACACGCCUGAGCAUGGAUAUAAUGAGGAGUGUGCUAGUAGCAGUUAGAGGUGUACGUGGAAAGGCAAAGAAGGCAUGGACCGCCCCUAUAUCCAACGUCUCCUUCAACCUGAUACCUGAGGAGAAGAGCUACGAGGGAUAG